AUGUCAGAAAAUAGUGUUUUAGCUAAUAAUUCUAGUUAUAAAGAAAUUCUUUUGCGGACUUUAAUUGUAUGCAUUAAUGUGAAUGAUGUAGAUUAUUAUGUUAGAGGGAUUCUUGACACUGGGUCACAAAAAAGUUACGUCAGUAAAUUUAUUGUAGAACCUUUAAAAUUGAAGUGUUUAGGUGAAGAAUCUGUGAAUCACGGCCUUUUCGGAGGAAUAGUUAAACAAGAGACCCAUAAAAGAUAUUGUAUAGAAUUAAGUAAUAUUGAUAAGAGUUUUUCUUUAAAUGUAAAUGUAAUGGAUCAGGAGAAAAUUUGUAUACCAUUACCGAAAUUAAACGAUGCUAAUAGUGUUAGGGAAUUGAAGAAUUUUGGAAUUUAUAUUAGUGAUAUUUUCAUCAAUGACAAUGUUUGUUUGUGUGAAAAAGAUCCGAAAGAAUUACAUUUUCUCUUGGGAGCGGAUGUAGCUAGCAAAAUCUUUACCGGAGAUAUUAAACAUCUUGGUAAAGGACUAUUAGCAGUAAAAACAAAACUAGGGUGGACAAUAAUGGGCAAAAUUGAUAAUAACGAUUCGAAAAUGGAAAAUUCUUUGUCAAGUUUAUCGUUGUCUUUGCAUGUUUCCGAUUCUAAAUUAACAGAUUUAUGGCGUUUAGACACUUUAGGAAUUUCUGCACGAGAAGAAAAUCAAACUAAGAAUUUACUAGAGGAAGAGACCAAAAAGCAUUUUGCGAACACGAUUAGAAAAGACAAAACUGGUAGAUAUGAAGUUUCAUUACCUUGGGUAGUAGAUAGUUCCAUUUCGCACAAUAACCGUUUUAUAGCCGAAAAAUGUCUCGUUAAAACAGAAAAUAAGCUUAGUACAAAUCAUAGGGACGAAUAUCAGAAAAUGUUUGAAUUUUGGGAAUCUGAGAAUAUUAUUGAGGUGGUAAAUGACAAUAAGAUUUCGGGAACCCAUUACCUACCCCAUAGACCCGUAUUUAAAGAAAAUAGUGAGACUAAGAAAAUCCGACCGGUUUUCAAUGCGUCAGCGCACACAAGUAACAAACCAUCACUUAAUGAUUGUUUGACAAAAGGACCAAACCUAAUCGAAAUUAUACCCAGUAUAGUGAACCGUUUUCGGAAAUAUCGAAUAGGAAUUUCGUCGGAUAUCGAGAAAGCAUUUCUUCAGAUUAAUGUUAGAGAAAAUGAUCGCGAUUUUUUGAGAUUUUUUGUGUUAUGA